AUGGCUAACAGUACCCCCAGUUCACGUCAUAUCAUUGAAGAACUUGGGUUUUCCCCAAGCGAACACCAAUACCUGCUUCGACUGUUUGGCUCGUCCGAUCCAUUUGCUGGGCUUCCCGGUGCAGAUAUUCAGGAUAGCCACAGUCACAUUGAAUCCUUUCAAGUCGAUUCAGCGGAUCUUUCUCGCCGAGUUGCUUCCGUCGGACUUAGGCAAGAUAUUUCUCCCGAACGCACUAACCAGCCUGAUAUCUCAUCGCCCCAUGCUCACACCAGUGGCUCUCGCCAAGGCUUAGAAGGCAGGAACCUAGUCCACUACGCAGAAGAGUGGAUCUCUCUCAUAGCUGUAGACUCGGAAUCCCUGCUCCGUGAGUUAUCUCAACAGCUUGUUUCGGGCGACGAGACUUCCCGCUCCGCAUCCCCUGAGCUUCCCCAAUAUCCGAAAACAUCGGAGAACUUCACACUAUCCAGGCCUGCGGAGGUAUCAGGUUCAUCGGUCUAUGACAGCGAAUCAGGUGAGGCACCCGACUCUCCUCCUGAGUGCAACGAAUCCCCUCGAACCCAAGGCGACAACGAAGCCUCCCAGGAUCCAAGAGCUUUAAACAGCUCUGGAACAUUUGAGGAACUACUUGAAUCCUUUCCAAGUCCUCCCAGCCGCGAUCAAACAGGCAGACCCCUUCCCCUUUCCCACAUACAUUCUGAAACGGAACAAGUGCUACCCGAGGACAGUGCCCCAGCUAAUACAUCGACUUUCGCCAGCAGUCAGAUUCAUUCAGUGACUAGUCUCAACCGGCCUUCAAGAUUCUCCGAAGAUUUGAGUGACAGUGAUCACGUCGUAGAGCAGGAUUGCUCCAGUGUUUGUGCCAACCCUGACACAUCAUCGGUCCUCGACAUCAGUAGGCUAGUCAAUACCCCACUCAGCUCCCCUAGAAGCUCCCCUCAGUCCUCGCUCGGCACCUCGAGAGCCGUCUACAACCUAGACUUUUCCCUUCGACACCGUCCCCAGCUUCCCAGAGCCUCAGCGAGGGAUCUUCUCUCUUUCAAUCCCCCCGAAGGGCCACGAGGCAAGACUCAAGACUCCCCUCAGACACAGGAACGGCGAACUCGGUACAAUCUUUUCCCCGCAACCCCGCCAGCCCGGCCAAUCAGCUGCAUAAUCAGAAGCCAGGACUCCUACGUCACUCUUCUUGAAGGCCCUUUGCCUAAAACACCUCCUCGGUUCUACCGGCAGAACCCUCUCUGCAAAUUCCCUCGUGUAUCUCUGAGCUCUUUAACGGCAAGAAGAAGGAGUGCAUCAAAACACAAGACGUUUGUGAAACGCUUUGUAGGAAAACUCAGGCUUGGCCUGCGUCUGUCCUCAUCCAAACGUUAA